AUGGGUUUUGAACAGAUAAUCUGGAGGAAGAAUGAGAAAGGAGCUUUUGGUGGUGUGAAUAGAAGUGUAGAAAACUCUUCAUUAUUUCAAAACAGUAGUACCAUAAGAAUGUUUCCUCAAUCUGAUGGGGUUUUUCAUGAUACCAAAGUUGAGGCUUAUAUGCCAAAACAGACUUCUUUGUGUGUUUUGAUGCUAUAUUAUACAGAGAAUGGUCUCUUUUCUCAAGCACGGACAACAUGGGAGCAACUCCUAUAUAGUUCUUUUAUACCUUCUGUUGAGUUCAUCUCAAGAUUAUUUGAUGCUUAUGCAAGACAUGGAAAAUUCGAUGAAGUGAUCAAUAUCCUGCGCUAUGUGGAUAUGAGGAAUUUCAGUAUAUUACCUAAUGUUUACACAUUGGCUAUCUAUUGUUUUGGAAGAGAAGGACAGCUUGAGUUGAUGGAAGAUAUGGCAAAGGAAAUGGCUUCAAGAGGUGUCUAUAUCUCUUCUAGAACUGCUAAUGCUUUCGUUUUGUAUUAUAGCAAUUUUGGUUCUUUGAAAGACAUGGAGAAUGCAUAUGGCCGCCUUAAGAAAUCAAGAUUUCUGAUAGAGAGGGAAGUGAUUCGAGCCAUGGCCUCUGCAUAUAUAAAGGAGAGACAAUUCUAUGAAUUGGGUGAGUUCCUAAGAGAUGUGGAUCUAGGUAGGAAAAAUGUGGGAAAUCUUUUAUGGAACCUUAUGUUACUUUCUUAUGCUGCCAAUUUCAAGAUGAAAAGCUUGCAGAGAGAAUUUAUCCAUAUGGUGGAAUUUGGAUUCCGUCCUGAUAUUACCACCUUUAAUAUUCGUGCUUUAGCCUUCUCAAGGAUGGCGUUGUUCUGGGAUCUCCACCUUAGCAUUGAACAUAUGGAACAUGAGAAGGUCAUUCCUGAUCUAGUGACUUUUGGGUGUAUAGUAGAUGCGUAUUUGGAUAGAAAGCUUGGAAUGAACUUGAACUUUGCUCUAAACAAAAUGAACUUGGAUGAUUCUCCAAUGUUGUUAACAGAUCCGAUUGUGUAUGAGGCCUUAGGUAAAGGGGAUUUUCAAAUGAGUUCUGAAGCAUUUUUCGAGUUCAAGACACAAAGGAAAUGGACUUAUGGUGCUUUGAUAAAAAAAUAUCUCAAGAAGCAUUAUCGAAGGAACCAGAUAUUUUGGAACUACUAA